AUGGUGAACAUGAAGAUGGCAACCCUGAUCACUUGUGAUCCAGCCAUGCUACAGCUAAUCCGACACAUGGACAAGACUCAGGAACUCUCCUACAAAUUCAUUAUAAAACAACUGGACGAAACUCACAUUCUGGUGGAUCGAGAUGCCGUAACGCAUCUGAAACAGCGAGUCGAUAGCUUUAUGGAUCAACUCUCGCCGGAUCAAGUCAGCUAG